AUGGCGUUCACCUCCUGCUUCAGCGGCCUUGUCAAGCCCGCGCAGACGAGUCCGCCAGACAGCGCGGACCCGCGCAUCUGCAAGAGCUUCAACGCGCCCGAGCCGGUUGAGCGGAAGGAGCAAAAGGAAAUCAUGCGUCUGUUGGAGUCUGGUGACUUGUUCCGCUACAACCGCGAAGAUUCGCAGUCCCCCGUGUCGCUCGUGGAGAAGCAGUUGGCCGACUACAUGGGCUUCAAGUAUUGCGUCGCGAUGAAUUCAUGCGGCUCGGCCCUGUUCCUGGCGCUCAAGGCCGUGGGAGUGGGGCAGGGCACGAAGGUGCUCGGCAACGCUCUCACUUUCGGCGCGGUCCCAUCUGCCGUCCACCAUGCAGGCGGAGAGUUCUGCUUCGUCGAAAGUACGCGCGACAUCGUCAUCGACGUCGAAGACCUGGCUCUGAAGGCCGACGAGACUGGCGCCAAGUUCCUCAUGCUUUCGCACAUGCGCGGGCGCGUGGCGGAGCUGGACCAGGUGAAGGAAGUCUGCGACAAGCGCGGCAUCACCAUCGUCGAGGACUGUGCGCACUCGUUGGGCGUGUGGUGGGGCAGGACGCACACUGGGCACCACGGUAGGGUCUGCUGCGUCUCUUCGCAGUCAUACAAGAUCAUUAACUCUGGGGAGGGCGGGUUCGCCUUGACCGACGACGACGACGUGGCGGCCAAGAUCUGCAUCAUGGCCGGGGGCUACGAGGCGAAUUUCAAGAAGCACAUUUGUGUCCCGGGCCCAGAGGUGUUCGGCAGGCUGGUGCCGCAGAGGUUCCCCAACUACUCCAUCCGCAUGUCCAACCUCACCGCAUCCGUGCUGCCGUGCCAGCUGCGCAGCCUCGAGGCGCGCAUCGCGGUGGCGAACACGAAGUACGAGCUCCUGAGGGACCGAUUCACGCAGAAGGUCGCCGCGGCGCUGGGCGACAGGGCCGAGAUCUACACGCCCCAGCUGCCGGCGUGCGUGCGCCCGUGCUUCGACAGCCUCCAGUUCGUGGCCGACCUCCCGGCGCAGGUCCGCGACAGGUUCCUCGCGAACGCCAAGGCCAGGGGCGUGCCGCUGAGCAUCUUCGGCGCGCAGGGGAACGCGCGCAACUUCACGGCGUGGGAGUUCCUGGGCGCUCAGCACGUGCAGGCGGGCAUCGCGUCCUGCUCCAACACAGCCGCGCUGGUGAAGAUGGCCUACGACGUGCGGAUCCCCAGGGUUCUCCGAGAGGGACGUCCGGGUCAUCGCCGACGUCUUGGCGGCCUCUCUGCUGGAGGCGCUCGGGCCGUCCGCGUAGGGAGAACGCUCCGCCGCACGGCCAGGACGGAGCCCGCCCGCGCCUCCUCGGGUCCUGGGCCGAAAGCUUUGGUGCUCCUCCUCCUCCCUCCUCCUCCUCCUCGCUGCGCUCUCCUGGCUCUCUCUCCCCCUCCUCCUCCUCCUGCGCCCCGGCCUCCCGGCGUGCUAAGCCUCGCCGCCCAGGCACGCGCGCAGGCUGCACGGCGCGAGGCCCAGGUUUCAAAGACGGCCACGUCUGCCCCGUUGGAACGGGGGCCUUGA